AUGGUGCUGCUGUCGCCGUUGCAGAUCACUGCGGCCACAAUCGCGUCACGCUUCCCCGAGGCCGCCCCGGCCGCCGAGGCCGCCCUCCUCCCCGGCGCCUGGGCGCGCGAGGCUCUCACCCCGCUCGUCCGCUGCAAGUUCACCACCCAGGGCGGGCCCUGCGAGCGCGAGCGGCGCCUUCUCUUCGACUUUGACCGCGUCAAGCGCCGCGUGCAGCUGCCGUCGCUGGUCGCCCUCGUAGAGUCCAAGGAUUUCGCCCCCGGCUCCGACGGGCUGACGGCUGGCGCGGCGCUGAUCACGCUGUCCGCGGCGCUGUCUCUGGUGGUGACCGUCAAGUCCGCCGUUGCGGGGUUUGUGUUCAUGGCGCUGGGCAUAAUCCAGGGGUCGCAUGAGCCACUGGCGCCGGGCGUGCUGGUCGCCUUCCUGUGCGUCUACUCGGGCUUUGGCCUGGGCGAGGGUCGCGAGCGGCGGCAGGCCGCUAAGGACCGGGAGCGGCGCGAGCUGCGGCAGGCGGCGCGCGGGGGUGGCGGGGCGGUGGCGUCGGGCAGCUCCAAGGCAGACAAGGUCACUCCUGCCAAGGGCAAGGCAUCCAAGACUCGGAGAGCUUGA